AUGCAGGCAGAUAUGUUCCUGACCAACCUGACCAGCAUGUGCAAGAGGAGCACGGAGAAGGGCUCUAUGUGGGUCACCAUGAAGCGAUUGUUGAGGAAGUGUCAGGCUAGGUUGAAGAAGAUGGCGAGUAAGGGGGAGCCUGUUGAGUACCGGUGCCUGGUCUGCACCACCGAUGGCAAGAGGAACAUCUCCACCUCGGUUGCCGUUAUUUAG